AUGCAGCAGAGCAAUGGCGUCGCCGCGGUGACGACGGACAAGGAGCAUGUGUAUCACGACCUCGGCGAUGCGUGCAAGAAUGUCCAUGCCCGGGUCGACGCCUUUCUGCGCCAGGAUGCGAAGAGUAACUCGCGGUUGAGACAGGUACAGCGCACGACGAGGGAGUCUUUGGACGUGAUUGAAGAGGCAUUGGAGAGAUAUAGCCUCGACCACCUUUCCUUCAGCUACAACGGCGGCAAAGACUGUCUCGUCCUGCUCAUCCUCUAUCUCGCAGCCCUCCACACCCACUCCACCAAGUCCACCUCCUCCUACCGCCUCCCCUCGACUCUUCAAACUGUUUACAUCGUCACACCCAACCCCUUCCCGGCAGUAACGUCCUUCGUCCAUCACUCGGCCAAGAAAUACCACCUCUCGCUCCAGCAAUACCACAAGCCUAUGCGAGAAGCCUUUGCAUCUUACCUCCAAGACCAUCCUCAAAUCCAAGCCAUCUUCGUUGGCACACGACGUACGGAUCCCCAUGGAGCGAAAUUGACAUCAUUUGAUCCCACGGAUGGCGGGUGGCCCGAGUUUGUGAGGAUACAUCCGGUCAUUGAUUGGCAUUAUGCGGAUAUAUGGAGUUUCGUGCGAGGGGUGGGAGUAGAGUAUUGUGAAUUGUAUGAUAUGGGAUAUACGAGCUUGGGAGGGACAGAUGACACGCAUCCCAACCCGGCGUUGGCGAUCAAGUCGAAUGGGAGUAGUACUGAUGAUGAUGAACAAGGCGUGGUGAGAUAUCGACCGGCAUAUGAGUUGGUGGAGGAUGAAGAGGAGAGGUUGGGAAGGGAUGGCAGACAAUAA